CGCAUUGAGCAACGAGUGGAUGUGCAAUUCGUAAGUGACGUCCUGCUGAUCUGUUGAUCGUUCCAACACGGGCCCCUUGGGAAAGAAUCAAAGUGAAACAACCCCCGCCAUGACACUGAUGAUAUUCCUCUUGGCCGCGUGCAGUUUCAGGUCACAUUGCAGCGGAAAUAAAGUGGACAAGCGACUAACGUACGGCAGUGCCGGGUCGCUCUCGAGGCCGUCAGCAUCCAGCAUCAUUCAGCAGUUCCCAGCCGGAGGCCUCAUCCCACAUCUUUCACAUUACAUUCCACAAUUCCAACAUCUGUUCCCUGACAGACUCAUUCCCGGCACCUUCUCCGGUGGAGAGUUACUGGGACAACCGGGAAACUUCCCACUUGGAUCUCCGGUUUCGGAUCAGUUUCCAGGGGGUCAGCGUCCAUUUGGAAGUGCCCUGACUUCCAUAGCGACGUACGACGACUUGAAAUGCGUACCCAGACUGCUGUGCGAAACAGCGGCAGGGGGGAGACCCGGUCACCCUGGCAGCAAGCAGCAAGACUUGGUGUUGCCACCCAUCAGCACCGACACCCUCAUGUCGUUGCUGACGGCACUGAAUUUCGGUGACACUUCGCCGUUUACGGUGUUCGGACGCGCAGUUCUACUGGGCAUCACCGCACAGGGCGACCCGAAAACUUGCUUCUCAGCCUACCCCAACUGUCCACGAGACCCAGACCGCCUUGUGGACUACCUCAACAAUCACAACGGUGGGUUCUUCAGAUUCUUCGGCACGCAUCAACCAUACCAGUCAGGUCGCAUCCAAACAGGAUUAUCGCACUUUACCGCAACGAUGCGACCUCUAGAAGACCUCAAAGGAAAUCGGCCUCUUCUGUUCCCGUAUCAGAUCACCGGCUUGAAACCACCGUUGCCUCCUCAUCGCGACCAAGGCUUCUUGAACUGUGAGUCAUCACCAGCCAGACUGUCCUUAGUGUUCCCUUGCAACGCGAACAACAGGAAAUCAAAAGGGUUCAACUUCUUCAAUCGAAAUGGUACAGAAAAUUCAACAGUAUAUUUCCCACGUGGUGAAGACUCGAACCCCGGUCUUCAUAUCGAAAGACCACCUAAAAAACAGACUAAACCAAGCGUACCCAUGACGUUUCCGGACAAAACAGGAACUGGAGAUCUCAAAUUGGACAACAACGAUAUAACAGGGGCUGUUGUUAGUAGCAAUUCGCCAUUUUCAGAUUUCGGAAGUCACGACGACGAAUCUGUCGGUUUCACGUCUAGCCGAAAAGACGCGCUCAAGUUCCCACAGAACAGGGAUCAGAGGGGGAAAAUGAAGUUUCCGAAAAUAUACGGCGACAAUUCAUCGGACGAUAACAGGAACGGAAGACAAGUUUCGUCUUUCAAGUUCCCGGUAACGGACGCUGGGGUCCCGGCGUACAGAAGUCAGAAAUAAACCCAGUUGUUUCGAUAAAACCAGAAACUAUUUCAUGCUGCAAGAACGCGAGCCUUAAUUUUUUGAGUUUGUCCGGCUAAACCAAUCAUCGCCAGUCACCCUUUCUGAACACCUUCUUUCGAGUGUGCAUCAAGUUGUUAAGUCCUACUUUUCAGACGCUGGACUUAGGACACUGAACUAUUGAACUGUACAAUGAGGCAUCUAACUGUCAGUAAAAGCUCUACUUAUAAUUAACGCUAACAUCUACCGCGCUAUAUGUUUAACAUUAAAAGGCAUAAGAAUUGCAACAAAUGUAGCAACAUCUCAGUCUUUUGGAUCUGUCUCUCAAUGCGCAAGUAGCCAUUCAAACACCGUCUUAUGUCAUUCUAACUUUAGUCCCACCUUAAAAGCAGACUACAUUUAGGGCGGUAUCGCACUAGGAUGCCAACGGGAGGCCAUGGCUCAGCUGCCAGCAUCUCGGCCAAACUCAAUGCAUUAAUUUAGUAGUCAUA